UUUUUUUUGGGUUUUUGAGUAGGAUGGAUAAAGGUGGUUGGAUGCACCCUCAAGGCUAGGGUGAUGUCGUUCUAACGGAUGCUAACGAUUGGAGGACAGAGCUUUCAGCUGAUCUUAGGCAGAGGAUUGUGAAUAAGAUCAUGGAUAACGAUUGGAGGACAGAGCUUUCAGCUGAUUCUAGGCAGAGGAUUGUGAAUAAGAUAUUGGAUACUCUUAAGAGGCACUUUCCAGCAGGUGAUCCCGUUGGACUCUCUGUACUCACGACAGUUGCUGCACUUUUCGAAGAGAAGAUCUUUACAAGUGCUGAGAACCAGGCAGAUUAUUUGAGGAAAAUAUCUCUAAAGAUGCUCACUAUGGAGACAAAAUCUGCCAUGUGGAAUUCAACGGCAUCAAACCCUACUCGAGAAAAACGAAAAUUUGCAAGAUCAAGCAUGGAUAACGGUGGUUGGAUGCCUGCUCAAGACGAGGGUAAUCUAGUUCUAUCAGAUGCUAACGAUUGGAGGACAGAGCUGUCAGCUGAUUCUAGGCAGAGGAUUGUGAAUAUGAUGUGA